AUGCGUUACCACCCCGUGGUCAAGAGGAAUCGUUUACUGUGCGCAGAGUUACUCGGCCGAGUAAAAAGCGGCCGAGAAGCGUUCACCGGAAGUUAUCCUAGAUGAUGCCGAGUCGAUAACAUAUCGACAGCAGCGACCUAAAACCUUGACCUCUGCGCGGGACGUCCAAGCAUCCACUCUACUGGUCUCCGACAUUCUCUAAUUCGUCGAAAAAGCAAACAUUGUUUCUUCCAGCGCCUGACUGGACUCGCCUGAGGUUUUGGCUUUUUCCCCUCACGUCACAGAUUCGUCGCAAAUCUUGUUUACGCCUGUGACACCACUACGUGUGCUCUUUUUAUUAUUUUCCAUAAAAUUCCUAAGCCUCCUGGUCCUUGCUCGAUUUCACAAAAUAUUUUCAAUUAGAAACGAUUGUUGAAGUCAUUUGCCAACAUGGGACACAAAAAUUUCCAAUUGUCACGAAAAACAAGGCUUAGAGCUGUUAUCGCGAUUUCUUUUCUUUUCUUCGUUGCUGAGAUAUCUACUGGCUUUUAUACGAGGUCUUUGGCGCUGAUUGCAGAUGCUUUCCACUACCUUAAUGACCUGAUUGGCUUUAUUGUCGCCCUGGUAGCUGUGCAGGUCACAGAGCGCAAGACAUCUCCCCAAGAUCUAUCUUUCGGGUGGGCUCGAGCACAACUUCUAGGUGCUUUCUUCAAUGGGGCGUUUUUGUUAGCCCUCGGGCUGAGCAUUGCGCUACAGUCUAUCGAACGAUUUAUAUCAAUUCAGAGAGUAGAGAAUCCGAAGAUUGUGCUUAUUGUAGGAUGUGUUGGGCUUGCUCUUAAUCUCAUCAGCGCCACAUUUCUCCACGAGCAUGAUCACGGCCACGGCCACGAUCACGGACACUCACAUUCCCACUCCGAAGUCCCCGACCAUACCCACGCCUCGGAAACUGAAAUGCAAGACCAACACUCGCACUCUCACGAAGACCACGCAUCCCACAUCCACCUAACUAGUCCGUCCAAACCACAAGGCAUGGACCUCGGAAUCAUGGGCGUCCUAAUCCACGUCCUAGGCGACGCCCUCAACAACAUUGGCGUCAUAAUUGCCGCGCUCAUAAUCUGGUUCACCAAGCCGUCGGGCCGAUUCUACGCGGAUCCUGCUGUAUCUAUGUGGAUCGCCAUCAUGAUACUCGCGUCUGCAAUCCCGUUGACGAAACGGAGUGGUGCGAUAUUACUGCAAUCCGCACCGCCUGGUGUGCGUCUCGAUGAUGUUAAACACGAUCUCGAAUCUAUCCCUGGGGUACAGAGCGUGCACGAACUCCAUGUUUGGCGCCUGGAUCAGAAGAAGGCGAUUGCGUCAGCGCAUGUGGUUGUUAGUGAGGAGUCGUUAGCGACGUUUAUGCUGAAGGCGCAGACGUUCUCGGAAUGUUUACAUGCAUAUGGGAUUCAUUCUGCGACGUUGCAGCCCGAGUUGCUGCCGAGGGGGAGCGGGGAUGGGGAUGACAGUGGGGUGACGACGGGCACAGAGGCGAGUAGUCUGGCAGGAAUUAUUAGGCAGAGGGCGCAGGGAGUUGCGAGGUGUGGGUUGACGUGUGGGACUCUUUGUGAGCCAUUGAUGUGCUGUAAUUAGUGAACGAAUCGCCGCCAAGGGCAUACAUUCUGGAUCCUCUAAAUCGGAUUGGAUUGAAAACCAUUCACAACAUAGACUUUCAA